CCCGACACUUUUGUCAUUUCUGUUCAUAAACAGUUAAUCACCUGAUUACACAAUACAUAUACCUACCUAUACACACUGACACUAAUAUAUACCAAUACUCCUGUAAACCUCUACACCUUUAUAUUGACACUAAUACUCUCACACCUUAAUUCUUCCACACAUUUAUGCUGCUACACCUUUACACUCCUAUACCUUUAUACACUUAUAUAUACUAUGAACUACCUAUAUGGCGUAACAGACACGAAAUUCAAGCAUAGGAUUCGUCCUAAAAAAGUAAUUCCGAUUCCACCACCCAAAUUUCGUCGUACUCCUCUCUUGGAAAGGCAAGUCCACUUUGAUCAUUCCCUGUGGCCCUUGCCAUUCCAUCACUCGCCCACACCUCUGCUCGAGCUAUGUAUUGCUGCAGUCGAUAAGUUGCCCUUGACGUCGGUCUUUGAAUGGGACUGCAAGGCUGUACGACGCUGGCUUCUUAACUAUGGAUAUCCCCAAUACGUGAACACAUUUCAUGUGAAUGGGAUCAAGGGCCGAAAACUCCUGUUACUGGAUGCUGCCGCGCUAUCGGAAAUGAAUAUCAAAGACUUCGACCACAUCAAACACAUUACCUAUGGCAUCCGGAUGCUGAUUCACUUUGAGCUGACCAAAUUCUCGCACAGUAUUUCUAUGCCGGACGAGAAGCCCAACGAGCUCUACUUGCUAUGGCACACGCAGACGGGCGUUAACUAUGAUGCAUUCCGGCGCUCGGACUUUUAUACUCGCAUGAAGCUGAUUCGCGAACGGUCCAAGAACUUGGAUCACUGGGAUCUCCUCGAGCUGUGGCUGCGUAGGGAACGUGAACGCAAGUUCAAGGAGCUGAUUGGGGGCAUGCCGCGCUUCAACUUGUACAUCGACAUAUUUCCCAGCAAUUCCCUUGAAGAAGAACCUGCGGAUGUGCCAGCAAAUGAAACGGUUGAUUUCCUCUGUAUCACCCCAUCUGAAUACGAUGCCCAGCAGCCUUGGCAACUAAAUUUUCUGAAAAAUGUUGAGCCGAGUCCGAAAUUGGGCUCUGAGCAUGAGUUAAAGCAUUGCAGCACCUGUUUUCCGCCGUGCGAGUGCGAUUGGUCACCCCGUUACUAUGUGAACGGCACGGUGAUCUCAUGUCUGAAGCGAAAGUUCCCCAAGAAGUUUGCACCGCUCUAUGAGAUGUAUGCAUUAAGUUGGCAGGAAAGCGUGCAAAUGGGCUGGCUGCGCUUCUCAAUUUAGCUUAAGAUUGGGAUUGUACUUGUGUGUGUACGAUCUUUAAAGCUUCAUUGAUUAAUAUAUCUAUUAAAAAAAAAAACCUCACAUGGCAUAAUAUUUA